GCGCCAACUAUAACCAAGACGAAGAAGAAGUAAAGGAGCGUUAGCAAAGUAAGCUUGUAGUUGUUUGUUGUAUGAGGUGAAUAUUUGAGUCUCUGGGUUAAACAUGUAUUCAGGAGAGUCUCUGAUGGACUUUGUCAACAAGCAAGUAGCUACUGCUAGAAAACUCAUCACGAACGUUGAAGAAGCCAUGGCCCAGUUCGAGGAAGGGCUCGGUGGUCAGCGCAGACUGUCGGAUAAGAGCUGGGAACCACAGAGCAGCUCACACAGGGCAGAACUUCCACAGCAUCAUGUCUGGGAAAGCAAGAUGGUUCUGACUGACCAGCAGCUCUCUAAACAGAAAUGGACCUCCAGUUUGGACCAGAAGGAACCAGAACCUCCACUGAUGAAAGAGGAACAACAAGAACUCCUUAUCCAUCAGCAUGAAGGGCAGUUUCUUCUGAAGCAGGAAGUUGUUACCUUCAUGGAGCCUUCUCCUUCUGAAGAAACAGACUGUCAUGAACCAGAACCAAACAAGAACCAACCCUUGUGUCAGAGUACUAAAGAAGCUGAGAACCAAGAUCAGGGUGGAUGCAGGAAAGAAAACUCAGAAUCAAACAGCAAUGAAGAACUGACACGUAAUAAAAUAUGCCAAUCCAAAGAUCACAGAGACAGUGUAGAUGAUAAAAAACAAAAAAGGCACAAGAGGGCUCACACAGGUGAGAAGCCAUAUCCAUGUAAAACUUGUGGUAAAUGUUUCUCACAGAGUACUGCUUUGAUUAAACACAUAACUCACACAGGCGAGAAGCCAUAUCCAUGUAAAACUUGUAAAUGUUUUAGACACAGUGGUCACUUGACUACACACAUGAGAACUCACACAGGUAAGAAGCCAUAUUCAUGUAAAACUUGUGGUAAAUGUUUUAGUGUCAGUAGUUCCUUGACUAAACACAUGAGAACUCACACAGGUGAGAAGCCAUUUCAAUGUAAAAGUUGUAGUAAAAGUUUCUCACAGAGAACUGCUUUGACUGCACACAUGAGAACUCACACAGGCGAGAAGCCAUAUUCAUGUCAAACUUGUGGUAAAUGUUUUAGACACAGUGGUCACUUGACUAAACACAUGAGAACUCACACAGGUAAGAAGCCAUAUUCAUGUAAAACUUGUGGUAAAUGUUUUAGUGUCAGUAGUUCCUUGACUAAACACAUGAGAACUCACACAGGUGAGAAGCCAUUUCAAUGUAAAAGUUGUAGUAAAAGUUUCUCACAGAGAACUGCUUUGACCACACACAUGAGAACUCACACAGGCGAGAAGCCAUAUUCAUGUAAAACUUGUGGUAAAUGUUUUAGUGACAGUAGUUCCUUGACUGCACACAUGAGAACUCACACAGGUAAGAAGCCAUUUCACUGUAAAAUUUGUAGUAAAAGUUUCUCACAGAGUACUGUUUUGACUACACACAUGAGAACUCACACAGGCGAGAAGCCAUAUUUAUGUCAAACUUGUGGUAAAUGUUUUAGACACAGUGGUCACUUGACUACACACAUGAGAACUCACACAGGUGAGAAGCCAUAUCCAUGUCAAAUUUGUGGUAAAUGUUUUAGUGUCAGUAGUUCCUUGACUACACACAUGAGAACUCACACAGGUGAGAAGCCAUUUCAAUGUAAAAGUUGUAGUAAAAGUUUCUCACAGAGUACUGUUUUGACUACACACAUGAGAACUCACACAGGCGAGAAGCCAUAUUCAUGUAAAACUUGUGGUAAAUGUUUUAGUGUCAGUAGUUCCCUGACUACACACACGAGAACUCACAUAUCAUUGAAUUGCUAAAGCCUCAUACUCCAACCCGAGCCCUCAGGUCCACAAACUAGAACCUUCUAGAAGUUCCAAAGACCAAUUAUAGAAGUCCAGGUGAUGGCUCCUUCCAGACUGUUGCACCCUGACAUUGGAGUGGUCCUCCUUUUAGCCUUACGUAGUCUUGACAGUCUGGACACUUUUAAAAAAAAAACAGCAGAAGACCCUUUCAUUCAAAGCUGCUAUAUCUAAAUGUAUUUUCUUAUCUUUAACUCAAAUUUGUAAUCAUCUUUCAUUUGUUUAAUGGUAUUUUAUAAAUAUGUGACUUAGAUUUUUAUUUCUGUUUUAAGAUCACUAUGAUUUUAUGACUUAAUGAUUUGUUUUGAUCUAUGUGAAACACCAUGUGAUUUUCUGUCUGUGAUGAGUGCUAUGUAAAUAAAAUGUACAUACAUGUGAAAAGCCA